UUUGUGUGUGUGUGUGUUCUAAUACUCAGUGGCGAUCAAACUUGAUUAAAAAUAAAUAAUUGAUAUAGUUACAACAUAUUCAAUGUCUGGAAAUACAUGCAGUGGUUAGCACUUACUUAGGGCUAAGAUAUUUUUAUCGUCCGCGAUAUACUAUCAAUUUGUUUCGCGAAUAUUUGAAUUUUAAAUUGAACAUGAUGAGGGAGUCGGCACACGAUAUCAGCAUGGAGACGUGGAUACAGUGGAUUCUGGAGGCGAUAUCCAAAAUCAGAUCCCAAAAACAGAGGCCAUCCGUUCAGAGGAUAUGCCAGGCCAUCGGCACGCACCACAAGUUCCACGAGGACAUUGUGGCCGAAAAGCUGGAGAAGGCCGUGGACUCGGGAGCCGUGAUUAAGGUCUACAACAAGGGAUUGCACUCGUACAAAGCGCCCAUGGCCAAGCGUCGGGUAAAAGUGGACAAGAACACCAACCUCUACAAACUGGUAGCCAAAGCGGUGCACGAUCUGGGCGAGUGCGAGGGAUCUACCUUGAAGAGCAUAGAGAACUAUAUUCAGAAAUUCAACUGCAUCGACCUCUCACCCAAUGUCGACUUUAAGACCGUAAUAAAGGCAUCCAUCAAGAAGGCCGUGGACGCCGGCUUUCUGAUCCAGGAGGGUAAACUGUACAAAAAGGGCAAGUCCCUGACCACGCCACGAAAGUGUGUCCCCCAGACGGAUGUGGUUAUAAAGGGGGAAGACACUUGCACCCAUUGCUCCGGAAACUCUCAGAAAAACCUCAAUGGCAUUCCAGAGCCCCUGAGCUCCUGCAAGCAGUGUGGCAUCUCUCUGCACACCACAUGCGCAAACAUUGCCGGCAGAUGCAAGUCGCAGUCGUAUGUGCUGCUCUACAUGCUCGUCACCAAGGGAACCCUGUGGGACUGCCAGAGCUGCGCCGAUUGCGCUGUCUGCAAGAUGCGCAACCGUGGACCCUGUCUCCUGCAAUGUUUCGUCUGCAAAGACCAUUUCCACCUGACUUGUCUCGACACGAUACCCGACAAGAAGCCCAAGCAUCCCUACAGAUGUAAGACGUGCUCAAAGCAGAGCAUUGAAAACCCAAAACUAUUAAAAAAAGAUGCCACAAAAAUCAAAUCGGAGGCUGGAAAUGAAAAGCUGUCGUCGUACGACAGAGUCGCCUUCAGCAAGCGACAAAUAAUCAAAAGGGAGGGAAACGCCGAGAGUCCCUCAACCUCGAAACUGUGCGUCUACAACGAUGGGAAUGGCCAGAGAAGGAAACUAUCGGGGUCUGGGUUGAAUGCCAGGAAACUAAACAUAAGUGAGGAUCAAUUCGAGUUCCCCUCGAAGCAGAGGAAGUCACAAAUACUACAGGGAGGCUACAUCGCUAGCCAAGAGACGCGAAAGCGCACGUUUUCAGAUCUAUCGUCGUCAAGCUCCUCCAGUGACAGCGAGGACGACGACGAUGAGGAUGACGACAGGAACAGGAACGACAAUGAUCAGGAUGAGAGCACCAGCUCGGAUUCAUGCACUUCCUCGAGCUCAGACUCGGACUCGAGCGAAAGUUCCAGCGACAGUUCGGAAUGCGACGACGAAAACGACGACGAAGACUAUGACACCGAUCGGAGCACGCUAAAGGGAAAGCUAUUUGAGAAUGUUAAGCAGAACAAUUGCAAGCUGAAUGCCGGCGGCGCCAGUGAACGCCUGAGUUCGCCAGAAACCAAUGAAGCGGCGAAUGAGAAUUGGGGAUUCGCAGCGGUUGCCAAGAAUCCAAUUGAUAUAUUUGUGAAGUCCAAGAACAAUGGGGGUGCCAAAGGCAUUAACUAUACUAAGCAAAUGGUAGAAACAGGAGGCUAUGGAGCAGCAGCAGCAGCAUCAGCAUCGUUAAUCGUUAGGGCACCGAAAGGCACCGGGCCAAUGGCCACACAUGCUUCGACAGCAGAUAAGGAUUCAAAAUCCUCUGGAAACUUGCAGAGGAAAAAGAUUGUGCCCCUGAAGUCGAUGCCCCUCGAUGCUGGCAAAUCGUACGAGAAAUGCGAAGAUGAGGAGGACAUUCCAUACCUCACAGAAGAGACUGUAUUAAAGUGUCAAAUGAUGGAGCAAAUCGAUCGUUGCAGAGACACAAAAAGCGAAGGGAAAACCAAUCCGGAAUCGGAAGAUAUGUGUGCGGAAAACAUGAAGCGUACCAAUCCGUUUGAGAAUCAGCCGCUGCCGCCAUGCGUUAAUCCAGUGGAUGUUGAUCUGUAUCAGGAAGUACUCCACAAAGCCGUUGUCCAGAUGUCCAAUAACUGUCAGAAGAUGACGGACGUGGCCCAGCAGAAGCAAGGACAGCACACGCUGAGUCCCAAGUCAAUUCAGAUCGGAAAGUGGGACAUUGAGACAUGGUACUCCAGCCCGUUCCCGCAGGAGUAUGCCAGGCUCAUCAAACUCUUUCUGUGCGAAUUCUGUUUGAAGUACACGAAGAGUCGGUCUGUGCUGGACAGGCACCAGAACAAGUGCAUCUGGAAGCAGCCGCCGGGCACGGAGAUAUUUCGCCAGGGGAAUAUCUCGGUGUUCGAGGUGGAUGGCAAUGUGAAUAAGAUAUAUUGCCAGAACCUGUGCCUGCUGGCCAAGUUCUUUCUGGACCACAAGACGCUUUACUACGACGUCGAGCCCUUCCUGUUCUAUAUUCUAACGAAGAACGAUCAGAGCGGCUGCCACCUUGUUGGCUACUUUUCGAAGGAGAAGCACUGCACGCAGAAGUACAAUGUCUCCUGCAUACUGACCAUGCCGCAGUAUCAAAGGCAGGGCUACGGCCGAUUCCUAAUUGACUUCAGCUAUCUACUGAGCCGCGAGGAGGGCCAGCUGGGAACCCCCGAGAAGCCGCUCUCGGAUCUGGGGCGUCUCUCGUACUUUUCGUACUGGAAAUCCGUUGUCCUCGAGUAUCUGUACAAGUAUCGCAAUCAGCCGAAGAUCACGUUCAAGGACAUUGCAAUCAAAACGGGUCUAGCCAUAUCGGACAUUGCGCUGGCAUUCGAACUGCUGAACUUCAUCAAACUGCGGAAGAACGAUGGGGACAUUCGGUAUCAGAUAAACGUGAAAAUCGACUGGAAGAAGGUUCUCAGCCACAACAAUAGGAUGGCGCACAGCAAGACGCGCAUUCUCAUAGAGGCCGACUGCCUGCGCUGGAGUCCCUUGCUUUCAGUCUCUAAGUUGCCCAAUAUCAUCAAGCCGAUCUCCAAUCGGGAGUACUUGAGCAACCAGCUGAUGCAGAAAUCCGAGUACAAAGAGAAGGAGUUCCCUGAGGACACCAAAGUCGAGGCCAAACAAAGUAUUACCUCUUCGAAGCCGAUUCCAGCGAUCAGCGGCGAUGAGAACAUCAAAAGCCGCAGUGGGGAGAGGCUGGAAGAGCAGAGGGAAAACCCGCGCAAGCGCCGUUCCAGCGAGGAGUUGUCGAAGCUGGCCACGAGCGUGGGAAAGAAGAUUAAACUGGCGCUGGAGCAGGAAGCGGUGGCCGACGACCACUCCUUUGGCGACAACUCCGACUCUUCGGAUUGCAAGUCCCCAAAGAACGCCAGCGAGCUCUCCGAGCACUUGACCAAACGGGCCCAGAGACUGGCCAAGCGCAAUGAUCUGAUUCCGCACACGAACAAGCGCAAGCAUUUCGAGCGGCAGCUAGAGAACAAUGCACACGAUCAGAGCCUAUCGUUGGGUCAGAGCCAGUCCGAGCCAGAGACAACCCCUGCGGUGCAGCCUGCUCUCGACGCUGGAUCUGCAUUGGAAGAGCCACCCUCCAAGGAAGUCUGCAGAAAUCAGGCCGAAAAGGCUGAACACACUGAUAAGCCAGUGAAUAUCGUACCCAAACUCAGGGGCAAGCAGUCCAAUGGGAAGCGAUCCGAGGAGUCGCAGUUCACAGAAGCCACAGACUCACUAGCAGCUCCAGCUCCAGCUUCAGAUCCAGCUUCAGCUCCGGCCCCAGCACUCGGCACUGAAAAAUCGAUGAAAACAACGAACCCAGAAGUCGUUGCCAAAGCAUUCGAGACGGAGAAGAGCGAGGCCGAAGGCAACAGCAGCAUAAGCGAGCAGGUUCUAGAUGCCGUGGCUAAGAAAACUAAAAAGACCGUAUUCGCGGAUGUAACGUCCUACAAAAUGAACAGUGAGAUCGAAGUAAAGUAUAGCGCAACGCAAAAGCCGACAGAAAAUGCAAUCGAGCCAGGAAAAGGGGCCAAUGUCAAGGAACAUAAAAUACUACAGCUUGAAACUCCAGUUCCACCUCCAGCUGCAGCUGCAGCUUCAGCUGCUCCUGAGCUGAAGAGUCCUGUCACAAGUAGCAGUCCUCUGGAGAAAAAAGAAGAGGUUCCCCCUCCUGUGGCCCCACAGCAGCAGCCUGCUCAGCCUCUAGCUGUUCAGGAGAAGUCGGCCAAUCCCGUCUGCAUGGCAGAAGAAAAGAAACCGAAUCUGGAUAUGAGCUGCCUGAAACCAGAGUCAUCCGUGUUCACAGAACUUCUUCCGCCGGUACAGCCAGCAGGGGCAGUGGCAGUGGCAGUGGCGCAUGAAAAAACCAAGGAAAUCGCUCCUCAAAUGAUACCCGAGGUCCCGGUCCCGGGCCCGGUACCGGUCCCAGUCCUGCAGAAACCGAUGGAAGUGAAAAAAGUCGAUGUGGUGGUCCCUACACAUCCAUCACCAGCCAAUGCUGCCAAUGCUGCCAAUGGCAAUGCCAAUCAGCGGCCAGAGGCUGCACAUUCAUAUGUGGAUCCGCCAAAGCCACAGCCAAAUCAGCAUAUGCAGGCCCAGCCGCAGCCGCAGGCACAGGCACAGCCACAGGCAUUCAAUGAGCCCCACAACCAGGGACAUAAUGAUCAGCUUAAGACCAAGGACAAUGGGGAUAUCAAGGAGAAGCCGAUUAAGUGCAAGCCAGUGCAAGAAACGCCCGUGGUAAAGCCCGAAGUCCACCAGGCAUAUGCCACAGAAAGGAAGUUCGACAGUGCCAAGAUGAAGGCGGUUCCGGAAAGGGAGGCGGUGAAGCCGGACCACCAGGUGGUGCAAGUCAAGGAGGAGGACAGAUCGAACUCACGAGGACCCCCCGCUUCCGCUCCCUCGAACGUUGUGCCCGUGGUGCGGGAGAAACUGCAGCUAAAGGGGAUACCAGAGCACACGCAGCUGCAGAACCCGAUCCCCAGCCAGUUUAACAUAAACCAGAUGCCCAACUACCAUCACACCUCCCAGUACUGGCAGUGGGACUACUACAGCUACAACCUGCAUUUGGACUCGGCUACGCAGAAGGGCCAGAAGCAGUUCCAGAAGGACCUGGCCACGACCAUGGCCUACACGCACAACCUAACUCAGAAUCUGUAUCAGUCCGCCAACCACCUAGCCAUGCACCACGCAGCGACGCACCAUCAGAUCCACCAGACCAAGGAGAAGCACAAGCUGGAGCGAAAGAACACCGGCAAGAAGGAAGAGCAUCCCAAGCUACUGUCCGGCGGCAAUGUGGCCAGCACUUCCCGCGAGGACGCAGCACAUGGCCACAGCAGCUGCAACGAGUAUGGCGUGAAUAAUCAGGCUGCGAUAUACAAUCAGAAGUGUGCACCGCAGCAGAAGAUGUUCAAGCCAUCGCCCGAGCAGGCGCAGCAAAUGAAGUCCCUGGCUAAUGCUCAAAACGCGGUGCCCAGACAAGGCAAUCCCAAUGCAAAUCCGAACCCAAACCAGGCCGAAUCAUCGGCUCUGCUACCGAACUCGGUUAAUCCACAGGCGGGGGGGACAGUGGCUGCCAAGCAGAAGCUCGAGCACGGCGUAAACUCGGCUUCAGUCAUUACGCGCGAGGGUAAAAUUAAAAUUGGUCAUCCGAACAUACACGCGGCUCCUCAACACUCGAACCUGCAAGUGCCCGGGCAAUCCGAGGUCAAUCCGAACAUGGUUUACAGUCCGGAGGCGUCGGCGAAUGCUGGAAUGCAGCAGCAACAGCAGCAGCAGCAACAGCAGCAUUACGAUUGCGGAAUAAAUGCCCAGAUAAAUAUGGAAUCCCCCGCCAACAUUGGCAGCGCCAUUAACCAUGGCUCCGACAACAUCCAGACCGCCGCCUCGAAUGUGCACAUGCAUCAGCCCCACAGGCAGUACUCGGACUGCUCCAUGCAGAACCAGCCAGCGACCACCCCCAUGCACAUGUCCAUCCAGAACUCGCACAUGCAGCAGCAGAACAACCUGAACAUGAAUCUGGCCCCCGAGGGAUCGCCGAACAUCAGUUUGCUGGGGAAUGCCCAGCAGCAGCAGCAACAGCAGCAGCAACAGCAACAGCAGCAGCAGCAUCAGCAGCAUCAGACUAGGAAGUUGAAUACGCAGGCGGAUAACUCUAAUGUUAGUUCUCCUACACCGUCGCAUCGAGCCACUACGCCCAAGCAAAUACGCAGCGGAAAUGCUGCCCAGCAGCGUGACGCCAAAAAUUCGUCCACGUCAACCACAACGACGAAUGCGCAUCACCAGAUUCCGCAAGGCGCCACUUCAAAUAUUCCAAAGUCGCACCAGGAGUCGUUGCACAACCUACAGUUCUCGCAGCACGGACAUCAGCAGAAUAUGCAGCCGCUGGACUAUGUGCCAAUUCCACAGAUCAGUCAGAACUUUUCGACCAAUCCCUCGAGCUACGACAUUGUGGGCAUGCCACCUGCGGUCAUCCAGCAGAGAAUGUCGCUCAACAGUUCCGUGCAUCCGCUCGCGAACAGCCAUCAGCGCAUCGAGCAGCCGUCAUCGGCAUGCGCCGUCAACAAUUUUUACUUGCAAAACAACAUGCCCGCCAGCGAGAAUGCCCCCCGGGUUCCUGUGUCCAGUUCGCUGGGGCCGCCAUCUGCUGGAGCCAACAACAACAACGACCAAAGGCAGGCCACUCAAGAGUCUAUAUCUGGAUCGAACAGCAGUGGCACUGGCGGCACUAGCAGCGGCUCCUCUCUGGCGGGCAAUCUGUGCAGUCUCUCGAAGCUGCAACAGCUCACGAAUUGCCUGGAGAGUCAGCCAUGCAAUACGUCUCCGGGGGCCCAAGUGAAUUUAACGCCAUCGCCGCAUCACCCGAUUCCACCAAACUCAAUGACCCCGCCCCCUCACUUACUGAUGCAGAACAGGAACAUUUCCACGCCUCCCAACAUGCUGCAGACGCAGGUGGCUCCACUGCAGUACCACAAGUACUAUCCCGGCAACAUGAACAUUGCCCCGAUUGCGUCCACGCAGAACCCCAGCCGGAACACGCGGAACACACCGUCCGCACCCGUGCAGCAUACCUCGGCGCCAAUAAGUAGCACAAACAAUCGCACCACCAACGUCCACAUCAGUCCCAAUCUGAUGGCCUCCUACGGGGCGAUGAACAGCUAUAGGAUGUCGCCGCAGCAGUCCCCACCCACUGGCGGCUACAGUUCGGGGAGCGAGUAUCCCAACUCCCAGAUACCGAUGCAAAUGGGAGUCAUGAAUAUGCAAUCUCAAUACCAAGAUGCUUGCGUGUUGCAGAGAGCCACACAAUCAAAUCCGAUGUAUCCAACGUAUUCUCCUUACUUACCUCUCAACGGCACCAUUCGCAGGUAAUGGGUGCACACAUUUUAUAUAUUAUUGUAUUGACUAUAAUUUCUAUAGAAAUGUGUGCUGUAAAUAAAUCUUAAAUAUAUAUUGUCAAUUAAUAAAACAAACCAAUCCA